AUGAUUUUUGUCCAAUCCCUAUGUUGCCUGUUUUGUCUAAAAUCUACAAAAGGCUUGUUCACAACCAAGUUGUUGAGUUUUUGGAAAACCACCAUCUUCUUGAGGAUAACAUCUCUGGAUUUAGGAAAAGUCAUUCUGCUACAUCUGUUUUAUUAAGCAUACGUGAUGACAUAUUGAAAGCAAUGAACUGGAGCGAAUGCACAACAAAACUGUUA